GUGUCUAGUACCUAUGCGGGCUGUUCUCAGGAGACAAGCAGGAAGAAAAUGAAGCAUCUGCUCUGCUUCCUGGUUUUGUUCCUCAUUUCUGGAGUAGGAAGCUUUGAUCUUGUUAUCGAUGAAAUCCCAGAUGAAGUGGAAAACCUGAUUGACCUAGAAAUUGAGGGAUUUCCUUCAAGCUCCAAGACGAGAAAUGGCAGGUACCAGCGAAGCACCUCUGACUGGGGGUAUGUUGGAGAUCUGGUGGAGGACGAUGACAAGAUAGGUCUUUACAGCUACAAAGUUCAAUCCACUAUAACGUCACGGCUGGCCAACACAAUGAUCCAAGCCAAAAUGGUGAAUAAUGCAAAAAGGUCCCAGCACAUAGUGUUUGAUGUACAAGUCCCCAAAGGAGCUUUUAUUGACAACUUUACUAUGGAUGUCAAUGGUAUAACAUUUACCAGCAAAAUUCGGGAAAAAUCUGAAGCCAGAAAAAUGUACUCUCAAGCAAAAGCCAAAGGCAAAGCUGCUGGAAUAGUAAGGAGCAAUGCCUUGGAUAUGGAAAACUUCAAAACCGAAGUGAAUGUGCCCCCAGGGACGAGGAUCCAGUUUGAACUUCACUACCACGAAAUGAUUCGAAGGAAACUGAGCUCCUACGAGCACAUCAUCUCUGUGAAGCCAGGACGCUUGGCAAAGCACAUGGAGGUGGAUGUCCGCAUUAUUGAGCCACAGGGACUUCGCUACGUGCAUGUUCCUAAUUCACUCGGAGAUCAUUUUGAUGGAAUCACCACCAUCUCCAAGGGAGAGAAAAAGGCUCAUAUUUCUUUCAAGCCAACGAUGGCUCAGCAACGAAAAUGCCCCACGUGCUCAUCCACAGCAGUAGAUGGAAAUUUUGUGGUGCAAUAUGAUGUGAACAGAGAAACCACAGGUGGAGAAUUGGAAAUUUUUAAUGGCUAUUUUAUUCACUUCUUUGCUCCGGAAAAUCUUGAUCCUCUGCCCAAAAACAUUUUAUUUGUUAUAGAUGUCAGUGGCUCGAUGUGGGGACUGAAAAUGAAGCAAACCAUCGAGGCCAUGAAGGCAAUAUUGAGCGAGCUCCGUGCUGCUGAUCAGUUCUCCCUUAUCGACUUCAACCACAAUGUCCGAUGCUGGAGAGAUAAUCUAGUCUCAGCCACCCCAGCGCAGGUUGAAGAUGCUAAGAAGUACAUCCAGACAAUCCAUCCCAAUGGGGGCACAAAUAUCAAUGAAGCUCUUCUCCGAGCCACAUUCAUCCUGAACGAAGCCCAAAACUUAGGCAUGUUGGACCCUAACUCAGUCUCCAUGAUCGUAUUGGUGUCUGAUGGAGACCCGACAGUAGGUGAGCUAAAGCUGACGACGAUCCAGAAGAACAUGAAGCAGAGCAUCAAGGACGAAUUCUCUCUUUUCUGCCUCGGGAUUGGGUUUGAUGUAGAUUACGAUUUCCUGCAGAGAAUCGCAACCGACAACCGUGGCAUGGCCCAGAGGAUCUUUGGAAAUCAGGAGACUUCUGCCCAAAUGAAGAACUUCUACAACCAGGUCUCCACUCCGCUCUUGAAGAAGAUUCAGUUCAACUACCCCCAGGAGUCAGUGUCAGACGUCACUCAGAGCAGCUUCCACAACUAUUUUGGUGGCUCGGAGAUAGUAGUGGCUGGGAAGGUCGACACGGAAAACCUGCAGCACUUGGAAAGCAUCGUCACAGCGACAGCAGCAAAUGCAGAGCUUGUCAUGGAAACCCUGCGAGAUGUUGAAGAACUGGAUGGCUUCAUGAAGAAAGACAAAUACGCAGAUCCCGAAUUCACUAAGAAGCUGUGGGCCUAUCUGACUGUCAACCAGAUGCUGGCAGAGAGAAACACAGCCCCCACAGCAGCUUUGAAGAGGAACAUCACCAAGACCAUCCUACAGAUGUCUCUUGACCAUCAUAUUGUUACCCCCUUCACAGCCAUGCUGAUAGAGAAUGCCGAAAAGGAUGAGAUAAUGCUGGCAGACCAACCCAAAGACCCCAGAAGGGGCUGCUGCCCAGGUACUCUAGGAUUAACUCCAAAUGCACCUAAUAAUAACAAAGGUAUCCCAGCCUGGGCCAACGUCACAGCUGUACCAGUCAGCUUCAUGCCUGAGCAAAGGAGUCCUCCUGUGUCCUCUCUGAGCAUAAACAGAGUUGACAAUGACCCACAUUUCAUCAUAUACCUGCCCAAGAGCCAAAGGAACAUCUGCUUCAAUAUCAACUCAGAGCCUGGAAAGAUCCUAAACUUGGUUUCUGAUCCUGGUACUG